CCUCACAGAAGUUGAACACGGCGCGGAAGGGGUGGAGAAACAGCAUGGUCAAGGUUGUCACAAUCAUCCUGUUCCUUCUGGUCUGCGAGGGACAGGGAAAGCCAAAGUUUCCUGAUCAGGAGAAGGAUCCUAAUUUCUGGAACUCGUGGGCACAGCGUACGCUGCAGAAUGCUCUGGCUCUUGAGCGGCUUAACUCCAAUGUUGCCAAGAAUCUCAUUCUCUUCCUGGGAGACGGUAUGGGUGUUCCCACGGUGACGGCAGCCAGGAUCCUGAAGGGACAAUUAAGCGGCCAGUACGGAGAGGAGGUUCAGCUGGAGAUGGACAAAUUCCCCUACGUGGCGCUCUCCAAGACCUACAACACGAACGCACAAGUGGCGGACAGCGCCGGAACUGCCACGGCAUACCUAUGUGGCGUCAAGGCCAACGAGGGCACGGUGGGUGUGAACGCAGCGGCCGUCAGGAGCCAGUGUAACACCACGCAGGGCAACGAAGUCACCUCUAUCCUCAAAUGGGCCAAAGAUGCAGGAAAAGCUGUGGGUAUCGUCACGACAACACGUGUGAAUCAUGCCACCCCCAGCGCAGCUUACGCCCACUGUGUGGAACGCGACUGGUACUCGGACGGAGAGAUGCCCGCCGAGGCGGUCCAGGAAGGCUGCAAGGACAUCGCCAGGCAGCUCAUAGAAAACAUCCCUAACAUUGAUGUUAUCAUGGGUGGUGGACGGAAGUUCAUGCUGCCCAAGAACACUUCAGAUGUUGAAUACCCCGAUGAGAAGAAGUACAGCGGAACACGCAAGGAUGGCAGGAAUCUGAUUCAGGAGUGGAUCAACAGAACGAAGGACAAGAGAGGUUACUACGUUUGGAACAAGAAUGACCUCCUUUCAUUAAAUCCCACUUCUGUCGAUUAUCUGCUGGGGCUGUUUGAACCAGUAGACCUGCCAUAUGAGCUGGAGAGAGACAGCAGCACCGAUCCUUCUCUCACUGAGAUGGUGGAUGUGGCUAUUAAAAUUCUCCGAAAAAACCCAAAAGGCUUUUACUUGCUAGUGGAAGGUGGGCGCAUCGAUCACGGACAUCAUGAGGGAAAAGCCAAGCAGGCCCUGCACGAGGCCGUGGAGAUGGACCGUGCCAUAACGCGAGCCGGCCUCCUAACCAGCACCCAGGACACUCUGACCGUCGUGACCGCUGACCACUCACAUGUCUUCAACUUUGGAGGCUACACAUCACGAGGAAACUCCAUUUUCGGUCUUGCGCCCAUGGUGAGUGAUAUAGACCAGAAGCCCUUUACCUCAAUUUUGUAUGGCAACGGCCCAGGGUUCAAACUGCUCAACGGCUCCAGAGUCAACGUCUCCACUGUGGAUUAUCAGCAAAACAACUAUCAAGCGCAGGCGGCUGUUCCGUUACGCAUGGAGACGCACGGGGGCGAAGACGUCGCCGUUUUCUCCAAAGGCCCCCUGGCGCACCUGCUCCACGGCGUCCAGGAGCAGAACUACAUUCCGCACGUCAUGGCCUACGCGGCCUGCAUCGGCCAGAACGAAGACCACUGCAAAUCGGGCAACGGCUCCGGCUCUUCGGCCGCCAUAGCUCCGUCCACCGUGGCUCUACUCAUCGCGGUCAGCUGGCUGUUUUGUUGAUGAUGACGGCUAGUUUAGAACACAGACCUUUCCACCUCAAGCUGACGGUUUUGUAUGAUUUUUAUAAUGUGGGAGGUCGAUUUCUAGUGUCUUUGUACCACAUUUUACACUUCGGGGAUCACCACUCGAUGCUUUUUUUGUGAUUUACAAUGUUAAGUAAGGAUAAGUGGCUUUGGGCGUGUCAGGACUGGUUUUAAAAUGAAGAUCGGAAUAUUUUUAUACAUUAUAUACAUUAAACAAAAAGGUACAGUAUGCAGAGGGGGCCAAAAGUCAUGAGACCAAUAAUGAAUAUGCUUUUAUUUAGCGCUUUUCUCAAAUUGAAUACAAUGUUUUACAUUACAAAGUUAAACCUUGGACAAAUUUACACGUGAACGUUUGAAUUUUUUACUAUAUGAAAUUCCUAGGCACAUUUGUAACACUGACCGUGUCAAUUCCUUUCUUUCGGUAGGGUUGGGGUUAGUAAUCAGAAGCUUGGUUGGUACAGCAGUCUCUGCUAGCCGGUCAAGGCACCUGCAGGAGGUAUGGUGAUUCCCAGAUAGCAGUGCGUGACUCUUCAUACGCAAUACUGCUCCCUGUGAGACUCCCUGCCUGCAUUUCUGCAAUGGGGGAGGACGAGUGUGAUAUAUAUAUAAUAAAUCUAGUGUAUAAUUUUUUGUAUUUUUUAAUUAAGUGGAGUAUAUUACAGGGGUUUUCAACCUAUGGAGCAGGGGGCGCAACAUUACGAGUUUUUUUUUAAACUUCGCUGACCACGCACACGUGCACAUUUAAUGUUAUCCAGUUCAGUCGAAAAAAAGGACCGUUGUCUAGCAAAACUUAAAAAUAGGGCUAACAGUAAAGAUAAAUCAGUGACAAAAACACUGACUACUGUUAUAAAUCAUGGGUGUGUGUGUUUGUCUUUAAGAGAGGUGUAUAGUGGGAGAUGCUCCGCUCACAAUAUCGCUCUAAGUGAGUCAGGAGUCGAUUCGUAUGAAGGGAAGCUUGUACACGUUCCGAGUUUCUCUUCUCAGUCAUCUCUUCGUUUUUACUGUUAUUAAUGAAUGCUGUGGUUUUAAAUAAACACCGGCUACUACAGAACAUUAUGUGUGACUCGCUUUCCUUACAGGUCGGAGGCUUAAUUAAACUGCUGUUACCACAGAGCGGUAGCCGAGUCAGACUCGUUCUGUCCGUGUUAUCUCACCUGAGUUUUCUGUCAAAGUAAAGGCAUUUUCUUUGGCCCCCACUGUAUGUUGUUGAACAAAGUUUGACUUUAAAUAUAAUCCAAUUUGUUAUAUUUUUCAGAUUAUCUUAAUUUCAAUAAACUCAUCUAAAUACUUGUAAUAUUAUUACAGUUAUUAAAUAGGUUAAAUAUCAUGAUUUACUAAGGGACCACUAGUGCUUUAUUAUUAGUAGUAGUAUUAUUUUUAUUAUUAUUAUAACUAUCAUUUAAGUAAAAAGUAUUAUACGUAUUUACUCCAGAAAUAAGUAAGAGAAUUUAAGGCUUUAAGGUGGGUUAAAAUGAAGUCUUAAAACAAAAUAAAAAAAGAAAUGUUAUGGAUGUAAGAUUCUGGAAGUUCUGGAAGUAAAAAACAUUUGUUUGUCAUUAUGAGAUUGUUAGUUUUUUAUUGAUCUUAAUUUCUAAUUAGUUAUAUUUGUUGUUUAAAGAACUGUGGCAGUGCGUAGUGCUGUCACCUCACAGCAAAAAGUUUGCAUGUUCUCCUCGUGUUCAUAUGGGUUUUCUCUGGUUUUCUCUCACAAGUCCAAAGACAAGCAAAUUGGAGCGUCUAGAAAUUGUCCAUAGUGUGUGUGUGUGUGUGUGUGUGUGUGUGUGUUUGCCCUGUGCUGGACUGGCGUUCGUCUGGGUUUUUUCUGCCUUCCGGCCAGUGCAUUGUUUUUAACAGACAAACUGUUUUAAUGACAUCAUUUGCAAUGCCUUUUGGGAAAUGUAGUUAUUCUCGAUGAUCUUUUUUAUUAUGCUUAAUACUCUUCAUGGACCAUUGUAGCCUAGUGGGUAAAGCUGAGUGUUAUCAGUUGGAAAGUUGUGGGUUUUAAUCCUGGCUCUGACAUGCGGUCACUGUUGGAUCCUUGAGCAAGGCUCCAGGGGUGCUGACCCUGCGCUCUGACCCCAGCUUCCAAACAAGCUGGAAUAUACAGUACGAAUAAGGAAUUUCAUUGUACUGUACACGUGUAUAUGUAUAUAUGAUGAAUAAAGGUGUCCCAUCCGCCCUA